UUCGAGACUCCUUAACGGACCACCCGACCCGAAUCUAAUUUCUCCUCCUGUUUGUCCCAAGAAUUCUUUGUCGUCGCGAGCUCCAUUGGAAGUGAACUCGUCACCUCUCUCUCCCUCUCUCUCUGACUCUCCCUCUCUCUCUGAGAUAGUGGAAGCCAUACCCCACUGGCCCACUCCAACAACCCUGAUCCGACUCGCGAGUCGCGACUCCAAACCCAAACGAACCCCAGAGCCGGUUCGAACCCACGCACCUUUCUUGACGCGCGCACCAAGUGUUUGAUACCUGGUCUAGCAUGCGCAGCCAUGUCGUUCAACGUUCUCCGCCGUCGUCAACAUGUGCUCUUAGCAGUCAGACACUUCUCCAGAGUGUCACCGCCGCCGCCUGCUUGCGGCGUCGAGCCAGUGAUUCGAGUUUCCAACCAUAUAUCCCAUUUGGGUCUUCCCAAACAAGGCCCAAAACCUCGGCAGCUUCUGUCUUUGCCUCCGUUUCCCGCCCAACCUUUGCCCGGAAAGGACUCAGCUACCUGUGGGCAGCCCUCUCAUAUCACUGCCAUUAGCUGGGUCAAGUACUACUUCGAUGGAGUCCCCAAUCCUGUCAUUCAAUCCCUCUUCAAUAAAGGCCUCGUUCAAGUGGAGUUUCUAAAUUCGAAUGGACCAUCCGUCCAGAGCGAAGGACAAAAAAAUGCCAUGAGAAAGAUUAAGCAUAAUGAGAUCAUGGAGAUCGGGGCAAGAGUUUAUGUUCCUGUAUCAGUUGCAGAAUCUAGAAUCUCCAGGAGAUUUGACGCUAUACCUAGCGGAACUCUGUAUCCGAAUGCUGAUGAGAUAGCAUACUUGCAGAGGCUUGUCAGAUACAAGGAUUCUGCUAUAAUUGUGCUAAAUAAGCCACCCAAAUUGCCAGUAAAGGGUAACUUGCCGGUUCAUAACAGCUUGGAUGCCUUGGCAGCUGCAGCAUUGUCAUACGAGUAUGAAGAGGGUCCUAAAUUGGUACAUCGUCUUGACAGAGAGAGCAGUGGCCUUCUUUUAAUGGGGAGAACAAAAGACAGCACUGUUUAUCUUCAUUGGUUAUUCAGUGAUAUAAAUAGAGCAAAAUCCUCAUCUAAGGCUUGGAACGAUGCAUGUGAAUCAACAUAUCAGAGAUAUUGGGCAUUGGUCAUAGGGUCUCCCAAGGAAAAGGAAGGCUUGAUUUGUGCCCCACUGUCAAAGGUACUUCUUGAUGAUGGGAAAACAGAGAGAGUUAUUUUGUCAAAUUGCUCUGGUUUAGAAGCUUCCCAAGAGGCUGUGACUGAAUAUCGGGUGCUUGGUCCGAUGAUAAAUGGAUGCUCAUGGAUUGAAUUGCGUCCACAUACGAGCCGGAAGCAUCAGCUCCGCGUGCAUUGUGCCGAAGCUCUUGGCACACCGAUUGUGGGUGACUACAAGUACGGUUGGUUUGUUCAUCGUAGAUGGAAGCAAAUGCCUAGAGCUGAUUUUGAGCCAACAACUGGGGAACCCUACAAGUUGCGGAGGCCAGAAGGUUUGGAUGUUCAAAAAGGAAGUGUCCUGUCUAAGGUUCCCUUGCUACAUCUUCAUUGCAGGGAGCUUGUACUUCCAAACAUUGAAAAAUUUCUUGAGCUUAGUGUUCUAAAGUCAGAAAACCACCAUCGGAAAUCAAAGCAUAGCUCUAAGCCCGAUCUCCUCCGGUUUGUGGCAUGGAUGCCGUCCCACAUGAAAAUCAGUUGGAACCUCAUGUCCUCUUACUUGGUAUGACGAUGAACCCUUCAUUAUCUUGAAACUUGAGCAGUGUUACUGUGUAAUUUAGUUCAGAAGGUUCAUUUGUGUAGUAAAACAUUUGGUAAGCCUUGAAAAUCUUUACACAAAUGACUUUGCGAAUUCACAUGGUUGUGAUGCUGAUGAAAUUAGAUUGAAAGUGUUCCCUGUGAA